AUGCCCCCAGUUGAAAUCUCAUUCGAUUGGCCAAAAAGUAUCGAGGAAAUCCCCGUGGUGGCAUCAACCAUUUACCACCAACUCAAACUUUUAAUCUUAGUCCAAUAUUUUUCAAAUAACGAUAGAGUAUGGGGUAGCGUACACUUGGCUAGAGACAUAGUCUUUGUGCUUUUUAUCUACACUGCUGUGGUGAAGAUCUUGCACGCAAUUUGGAGCUACGGAAUCACCGGAAUCGUGAAGAAAAUUUACUACUCAGUAUUUUCCUCCAUUUCACAAAAGUUUAUGUCAUUACCAUUUAUCAAAAGUAAGAUUGACAAGGAAUUGAACGAGACUGUAAAGAAAAUCGAAAAGCAAGUUAUUCAAAAUGAUGAGAGUUUGAUGCAGUUUACUGAAUUACCCAAUAAAGGAUUGGAUGAUUCCGUUGUGACUGAGGAAUUGGUCAAACUUCAGGGCUUGAAACAUUCUGACUGGGUUAACGGUAGAGUCAGCGGUGCAGUGUACCAUGGCGGAGAUGACUUGUUGAAAUUACAACUGGAAGCCUACCACAAAUACAGUGUGGCAAAUCAAUUGCAUCCUGAUGUGUUCCCAGGUGUCAGGAAGAUGGAAGCAGAAGUUGUAGCAAUGGUAUUGGACAUUUUUAAUGCACCAGAGGGGGCAUGCGGAUGCACCACUUCAGGAGGAACAGAAUCGUUGUUGUUGACAGGGUUAGCGGCCCGUGAAUAUGGAAGAAAAUAUAAGGGGAUCACUGCACCUGAAGUUAUUGCUCCAAUUACGAUCCAUGCUGGUAUUGAAAAAGCCUGUUACUACUUUGGAAUGAAGCUUCAUAAAGUUGACUUGGAUCCAAAGACUUACAAAGUUGACAUUGGGAAAGUCAAACGAUUGAUUAAUAAAAACACUGUGCUUCUUUGUGGCUCGGCCCCAAACUACCCCCAUGGUAUCAUUGAUGACAUUGAAGCAUUGUCAAAAUUGGCUGUCAAGCAUGAUAUUCCUCUACAUGUAGAUGCGUGUCUUGGUUCAUUUAUUGUCACGUUUUUGGAAUCAUCCAAAGUCCACGGCUCAAAGGAGUUACCAUUGUUUGAUUUCAGAGUACCAGGUGUUACUUCAAUCUCCUGUGACACUCACAAAUACGGAUUUGCUCCAAAAGGCUCAUCAAUUAUUAUGUACAGGUCUCCCAAGAUGCGUGAAUGUCAAUACUACAUUUCAAGUGACUGGACUGGUGGUAUGUACGGUUCUCCUACUUUAGCUGGCUCAAGACCUGGUGCAUUGAUGGUUGGCUGCUGGGCUACAUUGGUACACAUUGGUAAAGAUGGAUAUAAAAAGAAUUGUUUCGAUAUAGUGAGUGCGACCAUGAAACUUAGAAAGGCCAUUGAAACCAACCCAGUCUUGUCCAAAUACUUGGAAGUUAUAGGAGAUCCUUUGGCUUCGGUCAUUUCAUUUAAAGUGAAAUCAAGUAAAUCCAAUAACUUGUCCAUUUACGAGUUGGGUGAUUUAUUGGGAAAGAAGGGAUGGCAUUUCGCUACUUUACAACACCCGGCUGCCUUACAUUUUGCCCUUACACGAUUAACGGUACCAGUCAUUGAUGAAUUGAUUGCUGAUCUUGUCUCCUCUACUGAAGAAGCUGUUGCAUAUGUAAAGGAGCAUGGUAAAACUACCGGCGACACAGCGGCAAUGUACGGUGUUGCAGGAAGUAUUCACACCUCUGGUUUGGCUGAUAAGUUAAUUGCGGCAUUUUUAGACUCCAUGUACAAAACAUAG